UUCUUCAGCAAAAUCAUAAACAAGAAACCUCACAGCAGCACAGCAAUGGCCGCCAAGAAAUCUCUCCGUAACCCAGACCUUAUUCGUGGUGUAGGGAAAUUCUCCCGUUCAAAAAUGUACCACAAAAAAGGUCUUUGGGCAAUCAAGAAGAAAAACGGUGGCAAAUUCCCUCAACACGACAAAAAACCCGCAGUUACUCAAACCACUGUUAAGCCACCCAAAUUCUACCCAGCUGAUGACGUGGCAAAACCCCUUGUCAACAAACACAAACCAAAACCAACGAAACUUAGAGCAAGUAUUACACCUGGUACUGUUUUAAUUAUUCUUGCUGGUAGGUUUAAGGGUAAAAGAGUUGUGUUCUUGAAACAGUUGAGUUCUGGUUUGUUACUUGUUACUGGUCCAUUUAAGCUUAAUGGGGUUCCAUUAAGGAGGGUUAAUCAAGCUUAUGUUAUUGGUACUUCAACUAAGGUUGAUAUAAGUGGUGUUAGUUGUGACAAGAUUGAUGAUAAGUAUUUUGCUAAACAAGCUGAGAAGAAACAAAAGAAGGGUGAAGGAGAGUUUUUUGAAGACAAAAAAGAGGAGAAGAAUGUGCUUCCUCAGGAAAAGAAGGAUGACCAGAAAGCUGUGGAUGCAGCAUUGAUCAAGGCCAUCGAGUCUGUUCCCGAAUUGAAGGCUUAUUUGUCGGCUAGGUUCUCGCUCAAGUCGGGAAUGAAACCCCACGAGCUUGUCUUUUAAGCCAGAUAAAUUAAAACAACUCUUGAUGAAAUUGAUUUUGUUAGAUCUAUUUUGGUUUAUGUUUUGUUUUGGACCUGCGUUUAGUCUUUGUAUUGAAGAUUUUGUUGCUUAUAAACAGCUCGAGUUGGGAUAUGCAAUGUGAGUUUUGCUCUA